AUGAUUUUCAAAUCACCAAUCUUUAAACAAUCCCUUACUCAAUUCAGAUCAAUUUCGUCCAGUUCCAUUAGAAGAAUGUCUACCGAAUACAACGUCAUCGUCUACGACAAGCCAAACACCGACAGAUCAAAAGUCAGACCUCAACACGUCGCAGACAUCCCCGCCAAUGUCCCAAACCCAAUCAGAUCUGCGGGAGCUAUUUAUAAAGAUGAAGCAAAGACACAAUUUGCCGGUAGUGCUUUUCAUUUAGUCGCUAAUUCAAGAGAAGAGAUUAUUGAAUUUUUGAAGAAGGAUGUUUAUUAUCGUGAAGGGAUUUGGGAUAUUGAUAAUGUGGUUAUUAAUCCAAUUGGUGUGGCUGUUAGAUUGCCAAAGAAAAUGGAUGGUGUUGACGCUGUUCAUUAUAAAAUUUAG